CAUCACUACCACAGCCAACCAUCACCACCUUCUGUACUCCUAAGCCCUCUCCACCAACAUAGCUACGUCAUCAGCACCAGCAUCAGCACCAUCACCCAUUGCCGCUAUUGCCACUGCCACUGCGAUUACCAUGUACCUCCACAGCCAACACGAAACUUGAACUAGAGUCACAAUAAGGAGAUCAGUGAGGUUUUGAUGAUGAUGCUAUUACAUUUCAGCCGACAGCUUCCAGGCUUCUCAAAAACAAAGGUGUCGGGGAUCCUGGUUAUUUUGAAGACGUCACGAUGGAUGCUGGUGUGAAUAUGGAUGGUUACCGUAAUGACUCUGCGCUCAGUCAAGGAACCUACACAUAUGGCUCUUCAUUUACUGACUUUGACAAUGACGGUUGGCCAGAAUUGUUAGUGACAGCAGACUACGGUGUUAGCCGAUUGUUUUGGAACAAUCAAAACGGCACAUUUACCGAGUGUACGGAGUCUUGCGGCCUGGACGCCAUGCAGAACGCUAAGGGUCAUGCGAUAGGAGAUUGGGACAACGAUGGCUUUCUCGACUGGUUUUCUACCGCCAUGUAUCAGAACCGCAGUGAAUGUUCAAUGUCUGGUUGUAUGUAUGUUGACAGCGGAAACGUGCUAUAUCGUUAUCAAGGAGGAAAGCAAUUUGAAGAGGCCACAGACAAGGCUGGUGUGGAGAAUGGAGGUAUGCCGUGGGGAGCAGCAUUAAUGGACUUUGAUAACAAUGGAUUUCUGGAUUUUAUCUCGACAAGUGGAAAUGACUUCAACAAGAUGAACUUAUGGCAAAAUCUUGGCGCUGGCCAAAACGGAAAAACUCAAGAGGUGUCUGCUGUCUAUGGAUUGAACGGUAGAGGGAAAGGACGGGGUCUACUUAAAUGGGACUAUGAUGAUGAUGGUGAUGAAGAUGUCAUAGUGUGCAAUAAUGUCGGAGCUCCAUUUUUCUACCAGUAUCAACAGAAAGAACCAAACAACUGGAUAAGAGUGCGUGCUGUACAUCAGUGUGCCAAGAAUCAAAAUAAAUUAUGUGACAGCCUUGGUGCCCGUGUGCAAGUUACCAUGGCAAAUAAUCACAAACAGACACAAGAAAUCGGUUCCAGUACUCACUUCUUGGGUCAGAGUUCGCGAGUCGCUCACUUUGGACUGGGGCGAAACAGUGGCCAGGUAACAGUUCAUGUCAAGUGGCUGUCUGGUGUCACCGUGACAUACUCUGACGUACCUCCUGAUACAAGACUGCGAGUCCUUCAGCCCGACAUAGCGGAUUCAGGGAAAACGUUUUCAUAUUCCACCCUUGACAAGUGCUUUUCUUUAUUCGUUACGGAAAUUAAAGAACAGCCUUCAAACUCAAGAGUAACGAUAAAUUCUGAUGGCAGAACAGUGGAUUUGAAAAUAAAUCUUGGCGUAGAGUACAAGGACCUAAGCAACGAGACCUUUAAGUACGCAGUGAGUGUGAUGCCUAGUCCGGGUGGACAACCGCUGAACUCCAGUACCGCGUCUUAUGUUGUGUUCACGGAGGGCACUGCUAGUGGUUGUCAGGCUGGAAGGAAAAUAGGGUCCACACCAAGUGUAACAGAUGGAAGACGCUUGGACGGUACCUCGAACAACAAAGAUCACGUGUUCUGGGGUGCAAUACUCGAAGACGUGGUACGCGAUGCCCCUGCCAUGUACGCUGAUGGCAUCGUUAUGCCUGCAGGCGCCAACAGGCCCUCUCCGAGGAAAAUCAGCAACGAGCUAUUUCAGCAGACUGAACCCAAGAUUAGCCGUCGCAGACUCAGUGAUCUUCAUAUGACUUAUGGGCAGUUCCUGGCUCAUGACACAGAUAAAUCACCGGAGCUGUCAAGUCGUGAUUUUGAUGUCACGAGUGACGUAAUGCUGCCCAUUCCAGUUCCAAAGGGCGAUAUUCACUUUGACAGGCAAAAUAAAGGCAAUGUUUACCUUCCAUUCGUGCGUUCGAACUUCAACAGAUGUACGGGCCGCGUUACCAGUACUCCCAGGCAACAGAUUAACAUACUAACCUCGUACAUUGAUGGCUCUGUCGUGUAUGGCGAAACAGAAGAAAGAAACAAGGCACUGCGAGAAUUUAAAGAUGGCAAGUUGAAAACCGGACCUGGAGAUCUGCUACCGGAAAACACAAUUUCUGUUUCCAAUGACAACCCAGUUGGUCGCGAACCAACUCGACUGUUUGCUGCUGGUGACUCGAGAGCCAAUGAACAGCCGGGACUGAUUGCACUUCACACCCUCUUUGUGAGAGAACACAACCGACUCUGUGACGAGUAUAAAGGAGAAAAUCCACAGGCUUCUGACGAGGAGAUAUUUCAGGCCGUGCGUCGCCUGGUAGCGGCAGAGAUCCAGGCCAUUACGUUCCGUGAAUACUUGCCAGCCACGUUGGGGGGAACUCAACACAUUCCUGCUUAUCAGGGGUACAAUAAGAAUAUUGACGUCGGUAUGAGCAACAUGAUGUCUACAGCAGCAUUCAGAUUCGGCCACAGUCAAGUCAACACUCACUUGUGGCGGUUUGAAGAGGAUGGUACGAUGUCCCAUUACGGUCAUAUCCCUCUUAGAGACGUUUUCUUUUCUCCUGAAAGAGUGGCGAGAGAGGGAGGAAUAGAUUCCCUCUUUAGAGGAGCAGUGAAACAAGUCGCACAGGAAGUUGACUUAAAGAUGGUGGAUGCCAUGCGGAACGCUCUGUUUCCGUCUGGUCCUAAACUUGGUUCAGAUUUAGCCUCCAAGAACAUUCAGCGUGGAAGAGAUCAUGGCUUACCGGAUUACAACUCUGCGAGAAAGGCUCUUGAUUUAAGAGGGCUCAGCAGUUUUUCAGAAAUUACCAAAGAUUCCAAGACUGCUACAAAGAUAGAGGAUCUCUACCAAGACAUAAACGACAUUGACUUAUGGGUAGGAGGACUGGCCGAGGACCACGAGAGUGGCAGUGAACUGGGACCGACCUUCAGAGCAAUCAUUAUGAAAAAUUUCUUGCGAAUCAGAGACGGCGACAGAUUCUGGUAUGAGCGUUAUCUGUCCCAAGAGGAAAUCGACAAGGUCCAUUCCCUCACACUCGGCAAGAUCAUUCGUCUUAACACUGAGUUCAAAAGCGCGCCAGAUAACGUGUUUUUCUCCACGGAUUACUGUUCAGGCGUGACCGAUUUCCAGUGUGUACCGAAGACUGACUCCACGGUAACCGAAGCUAGCACCAGUAACGCCACGAGAAAUGCUUUAAUAGCAAUAAGUGUCAUCAUGUUCGUGGCCAUAGUCAUAAUUGGAGCUGUUCUGGCUUAUCUCCGGUUCCGCACCAAACCAAAUAAAACGAAGGUGAUUUCCAUCAAGGAAGCAGAGCCAAAAUAGGAUGAAAUUGUCCAUGAGUUCUUCGUCUUGUACUCUCAUGUACGUAGUCACUGUUUUCCUGCUUCCAACUUGUAGUUUUCGUGGUAGACAGCUGUCAUCUGUUAAAAGUUUCAUAUUAUCAGCUUUCGCUUUAAGGCUACACUUUUAAGUUAGCAUGAAAGAGGUCUUUGCAGAGAAUAGAGCAAUAAAGACCAAAAUUAUCUUCUACGUACCUCAUCACAAAUCUAUCUGACGUUUGGCGUUAAGCGGAUAUAUAUAUUUUUGAAAUUUACCUUGUCCAAGAGUGCAUACCACUGAGGCCCUUCUAUAUAAAGGUACAGAAUUUAGGACCAAAUAUGGGUCGACAGCUAAGGAGCCAAUAAAAGGAUACAAGUAAGGGUCCAAUGGUGGACACAGUAAAGAGUUCAAAAGAGACGACUAAACUUAUAGAAGAGUUUCGAAAGCUAUAGAGACCAAAAAAGUAUUUACGAAUCAAUAGAGGUACAUUAUAUAAAGGGCCCAGUAGAGACACACAAUAAAGAAUCCGAAAGAGGUACUCAACCAGUAGAGUAGAACAGUAGAGAAACAUAAUUAAAAUACAAGUACAUGUAGUGGUAUAAAUAUUUAGAAAUUACAGUAGCUUAUGCUUCUUAUGAUAAUUUCUACUUUGAGGACAAAAAUGUCGAUAUUUAUAGUACAGUGUGAUAAUCCAAACGGCAAUAUCGCCCAUGACACUCGGGCUAAAAUAUUUAUUGCACACAUAAUGUAUGUAAGUCGGGGUUCAGUAGCGAUCAGUAAUCAAAUGCUCAGGAAGAGUUUGGGAUUGGUAACUAUCAUAACUUAUGUAAGGGGUGGAACAUUUUACUUUUAAGGGGGGGGGUUUGAUAAAAAUAUCCUUCAACCACAUUUGUACCAAAAAAACAUUCGUGCACUCCACCACCGCCGAAAAAAAAUUUCACACACGUUCGAAAAAGCAUGUUACACGGAGAAAAAAAAAACAUGCAUAAACACGUCUCGAGAAAAAAAAUCCUGGUGCAUGAAAGGGUUAAAAUUUCAUGCCUGCACCAAAUCACUUACCCUCCACCGCUAAAAAACUCACAUGGUUCAGCCCUAAGAUUGUUUGUUGUUGAUGAUUUCUGUAAAAGGAUUAGAUGCACCCAAAUAAAAGGAGUGAGCAGUAA